AUGGGCAAUCACUUCUGCAGCAAAAAUAAGGCCGCCGAUUCAGAGGUUGGUACCCCUCUUCCAGCCGACGGCAGCCAACAUGUAGGCGUAUUGUCGACGUUCUCCGAUACAGUAGUGGCAACUGCUGGGACUUCGUUGCCGCCAGCACCGGUGACCAUUGACGUUGGUAGUCCGAUAAGUGAACGCGACUCUUCUCCUUCUGGGAAGGGAUUGGCUGAUGAUUAUGACGAUGAAGAGGCAGAAGAACAGAAAAUUACGGAGCAGAAAUCGGCUGGUCGUCGACCUGGAGUAUCGGCGGAGGCCUAUACGGUCGAACGGAUGGACACCUACCAGGCUCCUGUGUAUCCCAAGACACCCGAGGAGAUCAGUACUAUCAAGAGCAUGUUGUCCUCGGACCAGGGUGACAGCCGAAAGAUCCUAUUUGGUCACAUGCGCGACUCUGAUUUGGAGAAGAUUGCACUGGCAAUGCGUAGGAAGGACGUUAAUCAAGGAGAGAGCAUUAUCCGACAGGGCGAUUUUGGUGAUGCCUUCUAUAUAGUGGAACGAGGCACAUUUGAUAUCUUCGUUAAGCGAGGCAAUAAGGAGCCUUUGAAGGUGGUCUUUGUCUACUGGGCUUCCUUUGGUGAACUAGCGCUGAUGUAUAACGCGCCACGGGCAGCUACUGUGACUGCGACGUCUGAUGCCAAGCUGUGGAGUCUCGAUCGUGAGUGCUUCCAGCUGAUGGUCGUGACCAGUGAGAAUACGAAGAAGAAGAAAUAUGAGUCCUUCUUGGAGAAGGUCCCUAUCUUGGCCGACUUGAACAAGUAUGAGCUAGCACAGUUAUCGGAUAUGCUCACCUCCGAAGUCUUCAGCAGUGGGGAGGUCAUCGUUAAACAAGGAGAUGUCUCAGGAGACAAGUUUUAUAUUUUGGAGAGUGGCGAGUGCAUUGCGUCUAUAUCGGGACAGGAAGGUGAAGUGGAGGUCAAGAGGUAUACCAAACCUGGGGACUACUUUGGGGAAAUAGCUCUACUCAAGCAUGGUGAACCCCGCAAGGCAACUGUCAAGGCGGCUGAUGAUAAGAAGGGCUGUCGGGUACUCUCGGUUGGUCGAGAAGAGUUCAACCGUGUUUUGGGCCCUAUCACGGACGUGCUGAGGAAGAAUGCGAGCAAGUACCCGUCUUACAAGGACUUCCUCACUAUCACAGAUGAUGGUUGUCCUUCUAACGAUCCGGUUGAUCGCAGAAACUGA